ACUCUGGAGUAAUAGAAAGAAAUAGAAACCCUAGCAAUAUUUUCUUCUUAACGUGUAAGAAGAACAAGGGAAAAUCCUAAAAAGAAAAUGGCAAAGUCGAUGAGAUCGAAGAGAGAGAAGAGGCUGAGAGCCAUAAGGAGGGAAAUAGUGGAACCUUUCUAUCAGAAGAAAGAUGAAGCUAAGAUGGCUGCCAUAGAGGCUGCCCUGGCUGCCCCUAAGCUGCCCGCCUCUUCCCCACCCUCUGGUUCUAUGCAGCUCGAAGAACAAGUUACCGCACCCAGUUCCGCAACAACCAAUCUGAACUCCAUGGAGGUGGAGAUGGCUGACAGUGAUGAAAACAAGACCAAGGCCUCCUUGAGAGCUAUUGGUAGAAUAGGAAAGAUGUCCAAAAAGAAAUUGAAGAUCGCCAAAAAGAAGCGCCGCGCCGGUGGUAAGGGAAAGAUCAGGGGGAAGCGUAAUCUUUGAUUCUUUACUCUCUACUCCCAAAUUUUUCUUGCCUUUUUAUCCUUUUUAUGUUGUAAUACUAUUAUCGUCGAGUUUGUCUAGUUGAACGAGAUAACACUGAGUUGUUACGCUUUUCUUUUCUUUUUUAUUUGAAAUAUUAAUUAGUAAUGCUGUAGCUUAGGUGCUAAUUUUCCUAGUAUCUAAUUAAAUGAUAAAAACCAGUGAGCUAAAUUCUUAAAUAAUGCUCAAUAUUGUUAAGAAUUCAAAGGUUGCUUUUACUUCCCUUAAUGGGAUUAUUCUAA